GUCAUCAUCAUCACGGAGUAGGUAAUUGAUUUGGGUAACUUAUUAUUUGGCGUAAUUUAUAUUUACAAGCAGAGCAGUUUACUUUCAUUUAAAUUAAAAUAUGAUGCCUGGAAGAAUUGGUCACUUACCUAUUGCAUCUGAAAACCCUUUAGGCCUAUCGUGGCAUGAUUCUGCAUGGAUUCCGUCUUUAAAUCCUUCUAACAUAAUGGAUUAUUUUUCGGAGAGAUCCAAUCCAUUUUUUGAUAGGACGUGUAAUAAUGAAGUCGUUAAAAUGCAACGGCUUAGCAUGGACCAAUUGCAAAACAUGACAGGUCUGGAAUAUGUGCUGUUGCAUGUACAAGAACCAAUUCUAUAUGUGAUCAGAAAGCAACAUAGGCACAGUAUCAAUCAAACUAUUCCGCUGGCUGAUUAUUACAUAAUUGCAGGAAUUGUUUAUCAAGCUCCUGACUUAGCUAGUGUGUUGAACUCUAGACUGCUUUCUGCAGUUCACCACUUGCAGAAUUCAUUUGAGGAAACCAUGUCUUAUUCAAAGUAUCAUCCUAGUAAAGGAUAUUGGUGGGAUUUCAAGACUAAUAAAUCAGGUUCAUUUAACAUGGGACAGUCUGCCCCCAAAGAAGUUUCUAGUGCACCCAAGGAGGAGCCAUCUACUCUAUUUCAAAGACAAAGAGUAGAUAUGUUGUUGGCCGAGUUAGUGAGACAGUUUCCUCUGCCCAUCACACAGACUGCAGCAAACCAGAAUGGAGUAACUGUUAAGACUGAGAACACAAAUGAUAAGAGCUCUGAGAAGGGAUCAGAUGGAAACAAUAUGAACAUUACAAUAAAACAAGAACCAGUGGAUCCAAUUAGCUCUGAAAUGACAAAUGGUAACAUGCAAGGACACAUGGAGAUCAAAACUGAAAUUAAGCAGGAAAAUAUGAAACCACCACCAGAGAAAAAGCCUAGAACUUAAAUAUUAUAGUGCAUAAAUAAAUAAAAAAUAAUUCAAAAUAUUUCAUUGAAUAAAAUAAUAUAUUAAUUAUUAUCACUAGUUCCCUCUUAUAGUGGGUAUCUUGGAAGAAAUAUACCUAAGAAGGAUAGUAUAACAAGAAUGGCAGUCAGAAACUACAAGCACUGGGCUCGUGAGAUGAGCUUAUACAAAGAUUGCUCAAUAGUUUACCCUGACGUGACCAAUUCUGGAAGCCAAGAGUGCCAAGGUUGGAGGCAUGUUUCAACAUUAAAAAAAAAAUGCAAAUUAUGCUGUGGACUGUGAUUGGCCACAUUAUUCAGAUAUGAUCUAGAUAUUAUAUCAUUUAAAAAUGGAUUUAUACUAAGUGCCAUGAGUAUCACAACAGUGGGGCACAGUCAAGAGUUGUAUGGUUUUAAUGAUUUUCAUUUGAACAACCGUUUAUGUUAGACAGUUAGCUUAUGCUCGCGACUUCAUUUGCGUGGACUACACAAACUUCAAACCCCUAUUUUACUUUAGGGGUUGAAUUUUCAACAAUCUUUCAGUGCAGUCAGUCAGUUACCUUUUCCUUUUAUAUAUCUAGAUUAAUAAUAGAAGUUGUAAUUAGUUUAGUGAAAUGCUUAAAUCCAUAAAUAAUUUGUUAUCCCAAUACCAUAUACAAUGAAUACUACUUGUCAUGGUCAGGAGAUUGACACUAUACUUUCAUGGCAUAUAUUGUGGGCUCUAUCUGUUGUGGCACUGGACUGGAGGAAUGGCAAUGCACUAAGGACUAGACAUAUUAAAAGUUGAAGUUCAG